AUGGACAGCCUCUUCCGGUCAGUGACCAUAGAGAGCGGUGAGUCAGUCUCUCCUUACGGCGUGACGAGCGUAGCGAGAGAGAAGGCGUUCCGCCUGGGGCAGGUCCUGGGAUUCUCCACCAACGACUCCAGGGAGUUGCUGGACUUCCUGAGGACGCAGGAUGCGCAUGAACUCGUGGCACACGAUGCGGACGUCCAAACAGAAGCUGAGAGGCUGUCCAUGAACCCGAUGGUGUUCCUGCCAGUGGUUGAGCCCGACUUGGAGGGUGCUUUCAUGACAGACAGGCCUGCCAACAACCUCAGGGCAGGUCGCUUCAACAAGGUGCCGGUGCUGGAGGGAGCUACGUCUGGAGAGGGAACCAUCUUACUAGGCCCUCCGCUGGAGCCUGCCUACCUGGAGGACGCGGCGCUGCUGCAGCAGCUGAGCGACCACUUCGUGGAGGCGGUGUCCACCCUGGUCCACCUGCCCACGUCGGCGCAGCGCGAGCAGGCCGCACUUCAGCUGCGGGACUUCUACUUCGGGCACGAGAACAUCACGUUGGACGACGCGCAGGCCCUCGUCGACAUGACAAGUGACAUAUUCUUUGUGGAACCAGCGGACUCAGCCGUGCGGAUCAUCGCCAACCAUUCCGACGCUGGACCCCUGUAUUACUACCAGUUUGAUUAUCGGGGGCCAGAAUUAGGGAACUCAACAUAUGGAACGCCGCAUGCUUCUGACGCACAGUUGCUCUGGUUGCGCCCCGAUGAGUCCCCACCAGAUGCGAACACAACAUUUGGACUCUUGAGGAGCAAUUUGGUCAGACUCUGGAGCAACUUCAUCAAGUAUGGGACCCCGUCACCAGAGGGAGAAACCAUCGUGUGGACGCCAUUCAACAACGCCGACCUCAACUACCUGCACAUUACGGACACUUUCACAAUGGACCAGAACGUCAACCAGGAGCGGAUGGACUUCUGGCACCAGAAUAUCCCUCUGUAUUAGAUGAGAAGACGAGACGUUACAGAAUACGGCUGUUAACGUAGCUGCUGUAGUUCGAACAUUAGUUCCUUCAUUUUGCAACUAGAUUUAUUUCACAGAUGUCAAUCGUCUCCCAAAACAUACAUCUUUCU